UGAAGAUCCGACGCCGAAAGGACACGGAGCGAUGUUGCAGCACGCGGUCACGGUCGUCGGGCUGCUGCUCGCGACGCCCGUCCUAGCGUUCCACUGCGCACUCGUGGCCAAGACAGAAGGCUACCAGUCGCAGUACUCGGUCAACGUCUCGAUUGGCACGCCAUCUCAGACGUUCGAUCUCAUCAUCGACACGGGGUCGUCCGACCUCUGGGUGCAAGGUACCGACUGCACGCAGUGCUAUGUCGGCCCCAAGUUCAACUCGUCGCAGUCGUCGACGUUUGUGCCGGGCUGCGCUCGCGGCAGUUGCGACAACACGCUCGCGUAUGGCUCAGGCGUCUCGACUGCGCGCGUCGGCCAAGACCGCAUUGCGCUCAAUGGAGUGCCGCUCGUGGACCUCGUGCAGUUUGGCGUCGUGUACAGCGAGGACGCGAGCAUCACCAACGUCCUACAAAACAGCGGCAUCCUUGGCCUCGGCUUUAGCGCCAUGUCGUUCUUUACACACCCGAGCCCCGUCGAGUACAUCUCGGACUUUGCCUUGUACCUCGAUGGCACGAACAAGAGCGUGCUCUCCGUGAACCAAGUGCUCGACAAAUACGCGGGGCCGCAUGUCGCGUGGUCGACCAUUCCAGUCGAAGAGCUGGAGGGUCUCUACACGUACUGGACCGUGGGCCUGCCUGAAGCGACGUUUGGAUCCACGCAGCUCUGCGGCAGCACCAAAAAUCGAUGCCAAGCAGUGCUGGACAGUGGCACGGGCUUUAUCGCGAUCCCGCCGCAGCUUUGGAUCGCGGUGCUGGGGGAGCUUCAGCAAGCUGGCUGCAUCAUGCUCAACCGCGGCGGCCCCUUUGAGUGCAUGUCGAUGGCGUCCUUGCCGACGUUCCAGCUUGUCUUGGGCACGCUGCAAGGCUACAAGGUGACGAUCGAGCCGAGCAUGUACGCGUUUCCAGUCGAAGGCGCCAGCACGGUGCUCGUCGGGCUCAUUGAGAGUCCGCUGAACCUGUGGAUUCUCGGCAGUCUCUUCCUCCAGUACUACUACACGCGCUUCGACAUUGCAAAGAAGCAAGUGCAAAUGAUCUCGCUUGUUGAAGCGCCAAAGGAGCUGGUGCCCGUGCCGAUCGCGGCCGCGGACCAGCCUUCGUACUUUGAUCAAAUCUACGACGAGACGUACAUGGAGCACCUCAUGGUGCUCUUCAUUGUGGGGGCGAGCGCCUUUAUGAUCUACACCCUCCUCUUCCGACAGCCGCAGCGGUCCAAGUACGAGCACGGCUACGUCCCUGACGAUGUGCUCCUCGCCAAGCUCCUCUCCGACCAGCCGCCGCGCCGACGCUAAGUAGCACAAGAUAGCAUCAAUGUACCAUACGUCAAUGUGAUAAACCGCACCCCCGCCCA